AUGCCGAUGCAUAGAAUGCGAAUGCGCCCUUGGCUGGAAGAACAGAUUAACAGUGGUUUGAUAAAAGGCCUUGUGUGGAUUAGCAAGGAUCAGAAGAUAUUCCAGAUUCCUUGGACUCAUGCAUCGAGUAAUGAAUGGGAUCUUGAUAAAGAUGCACCUUUGUUCAAGAACUGGGCAAUCAACACAGGGAAAUACCGUCCAGGAGUUGACCAGCCUGAUCCAAAGACAUGGAAGGCCAACUUCCGUUGUGCAAUGAAUUCUGUUCUUCACAUUGAAGAAGUGAAGAACGAGCAUAUGAAAAAAAGCAAUGCAUUCAGAGUUUACAGGCUUCUAGAGGAACCUGCACGGCCUGUAAAGAAAGGAGGAAAGGAAAAGAAACCGAAGGGAUCUAAUGAGCUAAAGAAGACCAGAUGGAGUAAGAGACUGAUAGCGCAGAGACCAUAGGCAACCUCAUCUCAUAAUAUCAGUGUUGGCUAAAAACUUGACGUAAGGAUUGGAAGGGUUUCCACUAAAUAUCCAGAAGCAUCCAACACAACUGGACUCCCAAAACUGAAAAAAAAAUGUGGAUGGCAGGAAUGAACGCUAUCCAAUCCUGGCAACACAAGGGAUCCAGCUAUGACCAGUCUUAUGAGAAGCAGAGUCACGCAUCUAUGAACAUCAUUGAAAGAAUUGCAAUUGAAAGGUUUUUUAGUAGAAAUCUAUCCCCUCCCCUGCUGUUGCUGAUUUAGUUAAUUCAGGAGGGUUGACCAUAAACAAAAUGGUUAGCCUGUAGCAGGCAUGUAGACACAUCAAAAUAAAUUGCUAUUUUCAAACCACUGACGAGACUCAGUGAUAGUGAUUUAUUUUGAGGUGUCUAACCAAACGGUCUAUCAAAACUCCCCCGACGUAAUUUUGCUCCCAAGUCCUUUAAAUCACGUGAAAACUUAUUUUUUAAUAUUAAUCUUUUUUUAAAAUAAUAUUUUUUAUUGAAAAUAUAUCUUAACCUGCUUUCCUGUUCUCAUGAUUUUAAAGGUGCUCUGUAGUUUCAGGUAUUUUUGACUGUAUAGCUCCUCCUGGAGAGGUGAUCUAUAUAUUAUCUGUUGUUGUAAAUAGCCCAUUUCUCAUAGCUGUCACUUGCACAUACUGCCAAUGUAGUUUAUUAUCACUGGAAAGCUAGCAAGUAAUGUAGGAACUCUUCAUCAAUGUGAUUUGUAUAGGCUAAGCUUUUAUAUAAAAAUAUUUGUAAAGUGCACCCAUUACAAUAGAGUAGACUCGUCAUAAAGUGAUACCAGGCUGAAAUUCUACGGAAAAAUAAAAACAGAAUUUGUGUAUGA